AUGAAUCCCAGUGCCAUGAUUGACACGGUUGAAGGCGAGCUCGAGGUUACGCAACAAGUGGAGGCUUCCAUGUCGGAUUGCACUAAGCUUCCGACCAAACGCAAGGCCGAGACGUCUCUAGAGGCGGAUCCUGUCGAAGGCGAAGGAAGCCGACAAGAUGAGGAAAAAGACAGCGCAGAAAGCGACCAGGUUUGGGAUGUCGACAGUUUCGAUUCAGACUACGAGUCGCCUUCGGAGGAGGCUACGGACUCGGACGAAUUUGAGCUGCGUCGUUAUAUGCGCCAUCUCUACGAGAGCCGGGGUUUCUUGUUGGAUAAAGGGAUGGUUCCUAGGAAUCUGCUUCAAGGGUGGCGCUGUUUGAAUCUGGACGCCAUUUUUAAAAAGCCCAAUAUCACGGGGCGUGAGUACAUGGAGACUAUGGCUCAAGUGGCUAUUGACAAAUACAACCAAACAAAGAAUAAGACAGUGACGCUUGACCAUAUCGUGAGGGCCGUGAAAAGGAUGAGCCAUGGAGUCAAAGCUUAUAUUACUUUCAUGGCUAGGGAGACUCCUGAUGGAGAGCUUGUAGAGUAUCAAGCUAAGGCUGAGAUUAAGGUGUGGCAGACUAAGAUUCAUCCCAUCCUUUGCAGACCCACCUCCUCCUCAUCGUAA